CUCCAGCGCCAUUUUGGCUCAAGCCGCGUUGGCUCACGGCGCGGAGUCGGGCCAGCGCUCAAAGCCGGCUCGUUCCCGUCACCCUCCUCAGUCCUCCCCUCUCCCGCCUGGCCGCGCCAUGCUUGCCCGCAGGGGACCGCACUUGCCGCGCAUGCUCGCUUCGGAGAGCGACGCCGAGCUGGCAGAGCUCGCCACGUGCAGCACCGCCUGCGCGGCCCGGCCGCGGGCCGCCGUCGCAGCGCUGACCGCGGCCGCGGUGGCGCUGGUGCUCCUGGCGGUGGCAGGGCGCGGGGGAGCUCCUGCAGGAGCCGUGGCCGCCGCCUGGCCCGAGGCCAUCGUCAAGGCCUCCGACAGCCGGAGCGCGUGCGUCCUCUUCGGGGGCCUGGCGGUGAGGCACGGGGCUGCGAACGCGUCCUUCUCGACGUGGGACAACAGCAGUGACGUCACGUUCGUCUUCGAGGGGAAUCUGUGGCUGGUCCAGAUGGACGACGUCAAGAUUCAGGCCCAGACUGGCAGGCUGAGCGACGGGCAGACGGAGUACACUAACGUCCUCAAAGAGAUUGCCAUCGGUGGCUCUGCCUUGACGGGGAACGUCCUCCACAUCUCCGCGAGAGGCGUUACAUGGCGUAAUGCUGACGGAUCGGAGGAGUCCAUCCUCAGUGACCUGGACACCGAGUUUUCGAACGAACUCGUCGAGGCAAAAAGGGAUAACUCGGGGGAUGUUGUCCUGCCCGAUCGCAAGGACGCCGAGUUGAAUGUGGUGCACGUGAGGCUACCACAAUCGGUUGAGCUAGAGGUCUAUCAAUGGCCUGAUUCCGCUGGCCAACACUUUUUCGGGCAUUUGCGCGGAUAGUACAUUGCCAGGAGUAGGGGUACCCAUAUCAGCAAGCCUUCUCCCAGCGUCUAAUCACAGCCGCAGUUGUGCAACAAAGGAGUCUGAAGUUCCUUGGCCUUACGGGACGGGUGAUUGUUUGGCAUCUGAAGCACAGCUUACCAGCUACAGCGCCAUUGACAAUUCAAUAACUUGUGGAUUCUGCAGGCAAAACAAGUUCGCGAACUUUCUUGGGGAUCUUGCCAAGAAGUUGAAGGAAUUGAAACAAGAGGAGUGUUUUCAAGGGGUGAUAUACGGAGUGGCAUUUGGUUCCAAGUAUGAAGCGAUGUUAGAUACAACCGACGAUGCGAUUGCUCAUCGGCUUCUCCAGGUUCACCAGCGGUGUUUCUUUUAUUUUGUUAAUUCUGCUGCUGACUUCGUCGAGGGCGCAGCGUAUUCAGAUAUUUCUUUAAAUCGCACUUCCAAGAAUGGCCUCAAUAUUUUGAUCCCUGUGCCGACGAGCGUUUUGCCAUAUCAGAACAUGCGGAGGAAUACAAAGUUAUUCAAGAUGCAUGGAGGUUUUGGGGUCUUCGCAUUUGCAGAGCGUCUUUACUGGCAGGAUGCGAAAAUG